AUGGCAUCACCAUCCUUUCUCUCCCCUAACAUCGCCAACGACGCCUUCCUGGACGCGCUUCUCAUCACCGUCCGCUUCUCCGCGUCCAUCCCCGACCUCCACCUAGACGUCCCAGAUGCAGAGACCACAACAGGCGCAGGCCUUAAACAAUUAAUCCGCGCCGAACUACCAUCCUCACUCUCUUCCCACCGGCUUCGUCUCAUAUAUGCUGGCCGUGGACUAGAAGAUACAACCGCCCUCGCUACAUCCCUCAAGCUCCCACCCUCUCCAUCCCGCAGCCCACGCCCCGCAGUAGACGAUGACGAUGCAGACGAGCUCUCCGCCGCAGAAAAUGGCUCUGCAAAGAGUAAAGCCAAGGGCAAGCAGCCAGUUCGCGACUCCCGUCCACGUCUCUACAUCCACUGCUCCAUCGGCGACAUUGCACUCUCCGAGUCAGACCUAGCGGCUGAGGCCUCCGUAGCCUCAACCGUCCUCCUACAAAAGAAGAAAGACGGGUUUCGCUCUACAUCUCUCCUCGCACCUCCGGAUACACAUACUCCGCAAUUACAAUCCCAACCCCAACCACAGCAAGCAACAUCUACAACCCCCGCCCCACGCGGCUUCGACCGCCUCUUAUCAGCCGGUUUCACAGCCGCAGAAGUCACAGCCCUCCGAUCCCAAUUCCUCGCCGUGCAGUCCGUCUCCCGAACACCGGAUACUAUGCCCACGGGCGAGGAACUGCGUGAUCUAGAGGAUCGGUGGAUGGACGAGGGGUCGACUGUUGCGCAGGCGCAGGGUGGUGGGGACGCGGGUGAUGAUGAUGGGUUGGUCCUGGGAUCUGGAUCGAGGAAUGCAGUUGAUGAUAUGCUUUGGGGUGUGGUGAUGGGCUUCUUUUGGCCUGUUGGGUGUGCGAUGUGGUUGAGGAAGGAAGAGGGAGUUUGGAGUUGGAGGAAGGGGUAUCAUGUUUUUAUCGGGGUGGGGCUUAGUGCUUUUUUUGGGGCUGCGAGGAUGAUGAUGUGA